AUGGACAGGCGCGGUAGGAACGUCCUUCACUGGGCCUGUUUGGGUGGAGACCUGGAGAUCGUGAAGCUGAUCCUGUCCCUGAACGUGGUGGACAUCAACGCCAGGGGCAACAGCGGCCGACUACGCGAGACGCUUUGGACAUCAGCGAGUGGUGGAUCUCCUGGUGUCACGUGGUGGACACUGAAGUCGGUGUCGAUCACAGACGAUGGACAGUUUGCCUUGAUGCGUGUUCCAGACAUGAUCGCGAUCCCCGACUUUGCAAUGGGCGCCAUGGAAAACUGGGGGAUGAUCACGUACCGUGAAAGUCUGCUGCUGUACAAGGAGGCUGUCACCAACAACUAUGCUAAACAACAGGUCUUGGUGGCAAUUGCCCAUGAACUGGCACAUCAGUGGUUCGGGAACCUGGUGACACCGAAAUGGUGGGACGACUUAUGGCUCAAUGAGGGGUUCGCCACAUUUGUGGAAUAUAUGGGAUCGGAUCUAGUAGAGCCUCAAUUUAAGAUGUUUGAGCAGUUCGUGGUGCAAGAGAUGUUUCCUCUAUUUACGUCAUCUGGGUGA